GCAGAUUUUGCAGAACUGCUGACCAUGUACCUACACUGGCUCAUUUUGUCUCUUUCACUAGUCUGGUGGGUGUCUGCUGAUCAAGUAUGCAACUCUUCAGAAUAUGAUAAUGCUCAUGCUGCACUUUUUGAAAAUCUUGGCCUGUUUAACGACAAAAGUCUGGUGAAGUAUAUUCGGCCCGUAACUAAAAAUACAGAUGCUAUUAUGGUUUAUAUACUCCUGUUUGUGACCUCCAUCACAGAUGUGAAUGAAAAAGCCCAGAGCAUCACAACACAACUAAAAAUUUACACUUGGUGGACCGACAUGAGGAUGGAUUGGGACAGCUCAAAAUAUUGUAACAUUUAUUCAUUCAUAACUCGAAAAGAUUUGUUUUGGACUCCAAACAUUGCCGUACAAGAAAGUAUCAAGACAGAAUUUGCAGCAGCAGAGUCUCAAUAUGUUGAAGUUCGAAAGGGUUCUGUAAGCAUGGAGGACAUUUUAUCUCUGACCACUGCCUGUAGCAUGGAUCUGUACAGGUUUCCCUUUGAUACACAAGUCUGCAGUCUAACCUUUCGAUCCUUCAUUUAUAGAGACUAUGAGAUAGACAUUUUCGGCGUUUCAGACAGUACUUCGGCAUACAAGCAGUCUUUUAAGAUCCCAGGAGAGUGGCAACUUCUCGAUAUAACACAAUCAGUUGAUCACAGAGGCAAUGUUAUAUAUAAGAUGACCAUCAGGAGGAAACCUCUAGUGUAUGUCAUCAACUUAAUUUUUCCAGUCUUUUGUUUCCUGGUGCUGGAUGUGGCCUCCUUCUUCAUAAAUGCAGCUGAAGCAGAUAAGCUGAGCUUUAAAGUGACUUUACUCCUGUCCAUUUCUGUGCUUCUGCAAGUUCUUAAUGACAGACUGACCGCUACAUCCAGUGAUAUCCCAUUAAUUGGGGUUUAUUGCGGUGUGAUUUUCACACUUAUUGGCUUUAGCAUUCUUGAGACCAUCUUAGUGAAUAUUCUGAUUGCUAAAGGAGAAAAGGCCAAAUCAGUAACACCAGAGGAAACCAGAGCUGCUGAAACUGGUCAAAAUGAUCAUGUAAAUGACUUGAAUAACUCUCCGGAAACCAUUGAAAAUGAGGAGCCAACAUGUAUGAUUGACAUUGGAAAGAAGUCAUCACUGUGGACCAGAGCCGCAAAAAUUAUAGAUGUGACCUACAUUGUUUUGUACAUAAGCACAAUUAUUGUGUUUCUGUCCAUUAUUGGCAAGAUUUGGUUACAGUUGUAAUAUCCUUUUAUAUGUCAAAUUGCAUGCAAAACUAUCUUUUAAUUGGAUUGUUUGAUGAAUUUCUGGACAUGUUAUUUGUGGUGUAUUUUUUAAAAGCAUUUGUCUUUUUC